AUCGGAGUCGUUGAUUCGUAACAAUCAAUAUGAGAAUAUUAAACGUGUUCGGAUUUUUCACCAUCUUUUGCAUCAAUUAUUCUGAUCAACAAUUCAUCAUGUUUUCAUAUCCCAUCAAAACAGAUGUACGGAUGCAAUGCAAGAGUAUUGAAAACUCGCCAUUAUUGCGCCUUAGCAAUCAUCUCUUUUGCGAUUAUGAUAAGACUAUCCAUCCAAAUUAUCCCAAAACGACCAAUGUCAGUUUGCGCUUCAUGCCAAAGCUAAUAAAUCUCGAAACAGACCAAGCUAAGUUGUCACUGCACAGCUGGAUAGCACUUUCAUGGACGGACCCGCAACUUACUUGGACACCGAGCAAUUAUGACGGGAUUAAUAUUACUCGUGUGAAAAGUUCGCGGAUCUGGACGCCUAGCUUGAGUAUCAGUAAUUCUGGCGAGAUGUCGAACGAUCAAUUUGAUCUAUCUAAAGUGAAUUGCUUACUCUACAACUCGGGCUUUGUCUUUUGCGUACCCAUGCUGAAAUUUAUUGCCAAAUGCAAUCCUGAUUAUACGUAUUGGCCUUACGAUAAACAUCGAUGUCGCAUCACGUUUGAAUCAUGGGUGCACACGGAUGAAGAAGUCGAUUUACUGAUGAUGGAUAAAACACAGAUUUCUUUGAUGAACGAAUAUACGAAUGACACGAUAUGGGAUUUCAAGUUUAUAAAUUGGACGAAGGAAGUCACGAAAAAUAAAUGCUGUUCGGACGAUACGUUUUCAACGAUCAAUUUUGAUUUUUUGUUAACGCGAUAUCACAGCAACUACUAUACGAUUGUUAUUGUACCGGCUAUUGCUUUGAUACUACUCACUUUAAUAGUGCUCUGCCUUAAUUUAAAUUCGGUUGAACGAAUAGCGAUGGCGAGCGUGAAUUUUAUUUGUCAUUUGCUCUGCAUGUACGUCAUGCAUUGGAUUGUACCAUACAAUGGCGCUAAUCCCCCCAAUAUACUGAUAUUUUAUCGUGAAUCUUUGGCGUUGGCCACCUUCGCGAUAAUCCUGACGGCCGUGUUACGCAAGCUGGAAGCUAUGAGCACGCAGAUACCAAAUUGGAUCUCGUUCACUACAACAAUUGUCUUGAGCAACAAGGCGGGACGUUUUUUGAUCCUCAAAGACGACGAGUUCAAAAUGGCAGGCAAAGAUAUAGCGACUGAAGAAAGCUCGGAUGUUUCAAAAUCUGAAAUGAACACGAAGAAAUUGUUCUGGAAAUAUUUUGCUGCUAUUAUCGACUGGUUAUCUUUCUUUUGUGUGAUUCUGACUUAUGCCAUUAUUUUGAUUAUUCUAGUACCCGCGGUUUAAUCUGUGAUAAGAAACGUUAACGAUAGAAUAUCCUCCGUAAUGUUCGUUAUCUUGUACAAUGAAAUACUCCCAACAACAUUUAAACAUUA